CAAAACCCUAGAUUGCAAAUCUAGGGUUUUGUUUUUUCUUAGUGGGUUGGGGGUUGGUUGCAGGGCUAUUGUGUUUCUGAUUUUCAUCUGGGUCUUUAGAUUUCUUAGCAUUUUUGUUGUUCAGAGUGAGGGGUGCUCAUGGUUUCUUUCUUUGGAAGUGAUACUGCCCAACCUUUAAUGCUGUUUCUUGCUUCUGUGGUUCUACCAUUGAGGCUUCUUUGAUUCUUAUAUUUCCCUCAUUUAAUGAAAAACACCUUAAAAACCCUGUUAUGAAGCACUGUUGUGUUUGUUGUUGUUGUUGAAUAUCUAGUCUAGGGUUGAACGGGGACUUCUUUGAAUUUCCUUUUAAGCAGAGAUUUAGAGAUGUUUUUCCUGUUGUUGAAGGAUUUUCCCAUUUAAGAAGAAGAAAAAAAAAGGAUCUUUGUAGAACCCUUUUCUCAAAAUCUCCUUUUUCGUUUGCUUCAACCAUCAAUUUUUAAAUCUGCUCCACAUUUGGGUUAUAAAGGUGCAAUCUUUAGCUGCCAAGUAAUAGUCCGUCUUUUUUAUAUUAUUAAUUUAAACUAGGGAGUAAUUUCUUAUAAAUAUUAAAUGAAUGGAUGGGAGAGAAGCUAUGGCAUUAACAGGUGGCUCAACUCCUUAUUACAUUCAUAGAGGAGGAGUUGGUGGGUCUGGUUCUGCAUCUGCAACCCAUUCUGGUGCUGCAGCAUAUCAUGGCGCACCUGCAUUCAGGUCCUUGACCAAUCCGCAGCUUCAGGCUCAAUCGAAUGUAGGAUCACCAUUUUCAGUAGAACCUAACAGUGCCAGUGCCACUUUUCCUCAUGGCAUUAACAUGGGUGUGUCCUCUGGAGUGCCAUCUAGCGAGCCAGUAAAGAAGAAGAGAGGAAGACCCCGCAAAUAUGCUCCGGAAGGGCAGGUGUCCUUGGGGCUUUUGCCCAUGCCAACCAAGUCCAAGCCUUCAUCAGAAUCAGAUACGUCCGGGCAAAAACGAGGCAGAGGGAGGCCUCCUGGGUCUGGAAGGAAGCAGCAACUGUCACUUUUAGGUGAAUGGAUGAAUAAUUCAGCUGGCCUGGCUUUUUCUCCCCAUGUGAUCACCAUUGGAGUUGGAGAAGAUAUUGUAUCAAAAAUGUUGUCAUUUGCACAACAAAGGCCAAGGGCUGUCUGCAUCUUGUCUGGCAGUGGGACAGUUUCUUCGGUAACACUACGCCAGCCUGCAUCGACCACACCCACUGUCACAUAUGAGGUUUGUUUAGCUGUGGUAAUAACUAGUAAGGUUGAAGGGUCUAAGAUGAUGGAUGUGGAAAUAAUUGAGGAAUGGGGCUUUUUUGAGAUAUUAUGCUUGUCGGGUUCUUAUCUGGUGUCUGAGGAUGAGGGACCCCGCGGUCGAACUGGUGGUAUAAGUGUUUCUCUUUCAACUCCUGAUGGUCAUGUUAUGGGUGGUGGAGUCGCAAACCUGAUUGCCGCAAGUCCAGUUCAGCUGAUAGUAUGCAGCUUCGUCUAUGGAGGAUCUAAGAGCAAGAAUAAGCAACUAGCUAGUCCCAAAGAGAACAAGGACUCUGCACUGCAAGCCAGCAAUAAAUCAGCUACACCAAGUAGUGCACCUCCCACCCAACAUUACAAUCCGGCUGCAAUGAGUGCUUGGCCUGGUUCUCGGCCAGUUGACCUGAGAACUCCCCACACUGAUAUUGACUUGAUGCGAGGAUGAUCAUUUGCUGCAACAAACACAUGGCAGUUUUUGUACAUAUGUGUUGUUGUACAUGUACCUGGCGACCAUGGAAAUUCAAAUCCUCCCUGCCCGCCUGUAGGGGCAAGCAAUAGGGCUUGUGCUAACCUAGUGUGUAACUAUGACUAUGAGGUUAAUGUAAUUGAAGUUCCCCUGCUGUCUGGAGUGAGACACAAUAAUCCUUCCUAGCAGGAAAUUUCAGCCAUUGUUUUAAGAUAGUAUUGUUAAUCAAUUUCCUAAAUUAUA